AUGGCCUCGGACGCUUCUACGAGUACUCAGCUCGUCCAGUCGGUUCAGCCGUCGAUGCAGCCGUCCAAGCUCCUCACGCUCCCCGUCGAGCUCCUCGACUUCAUCUUCAAGGACCUGUACGCCACUGCGCCGCCUCGCGGCCCAAUCUGUCGCCGUCUCCUCGCCUACCACGACCAGCACCACCGCUCGCGGUUCCGCCGGGUCAAGGUCGUCGGGUCCGCCAUGCUGUCGAGCUACUGCCGCAGCCUCAAGAUGCGUUCGUCCAUCGGCGCCAUGUGCGAGUCGUUCAAGGUCGUGCACACCCAGGCCAAAUCCCUCGCCGCUCCCGUCGACGCGGCCCUGGUCGCCCUCCUGUUGGCGUCCCUGUCCAACGUGAGGUACCUCGAGCUCAGCGGCAACCAGCUCGUCACCGCAUUCCUCGCACGCGCGUCGUCGUCGGAACCGUCGUUCAUGCCGCGCUUGGUCUUCGUCAGCCUCGCCGACACCGGCGGCCAGCACGUCGACCCGUACGACCCGACCCUGCUCUGCGGCCUCGGCAGGUUCGCGCAGCUCAAGAAGGCUCAACUCGACCUCGUCGUCGGCGAUGGCGACCUCGGCGAGAUCCAGCAGCAGGUCCUGUACUCGUGCGCCGCCCUGCGCGAGCUCACGCUCAUCGACUGCAAGUCGAGCCCGGGCGCGGUCGACUUUAUUCAGCGCUGCGACCAGCUCGAGACGCUCCACCUGAGCGACAGCACCAAGUCGCUCGUCGAGGCGCCGUUCCUCAACGCUGUCGGCCGACUUGGCACCCUCAAGAACCUCGACUUGUCGUCGACCACCGGCCACAGCUGGAAGCUGCCCAAGGCGCUCAAGAACCUGUCGUCGCUCGACAACCUCAUCCUCGGCGCGGGCUGUGCGUGUCGGGACAAGCCCUCGUUCGGGACCCUCCGCGACGUCCCGAUCAGCCGGCUCGUGUUCCAGCCCGGCUCGAUCGUCUCGGCGUCGCACCUGCUCGAACUCGUCGGCGGCGACACCAAGCACCAGAACCUCCAGUCGAUCGUCCUCGACCAGGUCUCUGCGGACCUCGGCGAGGUGCAAGACCUCGAGUGGCGCGAGCAGCAGCGCGAGCUCUACGACUGGCUCGUCGGCGGCUGGACGCUGCCGAAAUGGAACAAGACGUUCUCGCGCGAGGGCCUCGAGGCGGUCAUCAGCGCCGGUACGGCCAACGGUGUCGACGUGUCGGGCGAGGCGGUCGAUGCCCUCGACCUCGAGUGGGAGAUCAAGGCCAAGAAGGACGAGGUCAAGGGGUGGCAGCAGCGCGAGGCGCGCCGUGAGAGGCGUGCGGCAGGCGGUUGGGGAGGAGGAGGAGGGGGCGGCCGCUGGAACCGCUGGUAA